CCCAGACGCAGAGCUAUCGUCCGAAGGGGCUACCCACGGCAGACGGAAUGCGCUGCAUGGUGUCGUUUAAGCCCAGAAUAGCCCGUUCCACGUCGUCGAUGUCAGGGCCUAUUUGGGGUAGUAUAAAGUUAGCUGAGAGACACAGACAGACACCAUACCCAUGAGGGGGGCCCGUGUCGUUAUUCGUUCAUUGCUUGGAGGAAGGAGGUGUCGUUGCCCCGUGUGUGCGUGCAUACCGGGGAUGACUUGGCUUUCCCAUAUGUAUGUGAACUGAGUGACACGCACCAGGGAAUGGGGAGACAAAUGGGCGAGUGAAUGAGGGCGUUCGUCAGCUUACCUUGCCCACAGUGAUGGAGUAGAGGAAGAGUCUAUUGCCCUCGUCCUCUAUGAAGUCAAAACCUACACCCACGUCUUCUGUCUCCACCUCAAACGAGGCCUCAGGAAUGCCAUCGUUCCCCACACCUACACAAACACACAUGCCAGACGGAGCGUCCCUCACACGGACGGCGCCAGUCCCCCAUCCCCAGCCAACACUCGUCGGCAACACUUACCAGCACCCGCAGACACGUACGCCGUGCCUGCAACAGACCAAUGUCAACCAAUCAGUGCCACCCCGGUUUGCACACACCCAUCCAUCCCUCGUGAGAUCGUCGCCAAGCGUGCAUUGCUUUUCUGCUUACCCAGGCGGCCAUAUCCCACUUGGAUAUAGACCUCCUCACUGAGCCAGAGCAGACGACCCCAGAGACACAAACAAGGAUGAGUGGUGAUGUGUCGCUGUGAGAGCAACCAGCCCAGCUGGAGCUGCCUUUUUGGUGUCUCUUCACCUCCGAUUGUCCACGAAAUCUGCACGGCAGGUGGCAAGCAACACACGACAGCGAGCAUGGCAUCCAGUGAUGGAUGAUGCAGUGGCGUUAGCGCCCCUACCUCCGUUGAGCAAUAACUGCCACCCAUCGCCCCAGUUCCCUGCACACGAAUCGAGCGGUGGAAGCAACCAGGUAGGAAAGAAGAAUGGAUGUGCUGCCACUGAGCUGCCUGACCGUCAUCGGCGGGCAAAUCUGUGCGUCUGACUGACCUUGGAAGUCUGUCUCCCGCUCGUCAAAGUCACGGAGCACACUGAACUGGUAUCCGAGCACCCCCGCACUCACCGCAACCUCAGUGUCGCUGUCACGACCAUUCACAAGGCAUAGAUGAUGGAUGGCGUGUGCUGUAUGCCUGUGCGCGCAGGGUCUGUCCUCUUUGCCUCUGUCCUUUCUAGGUAGGACCCUCACUCACUUGAGGUCGGUUCCGACGGCAACUCCGAUGGACUUGUAGCCAACGAAUACCUCCGUGGCCAGCUCCUCAUCAUCACCAGUCUGCGCAGCAAGCAAAGCAAGAGGCGCACGCCACCCGCAAGCCCGUCGGUCCUGUGCUUGUACUGCACUGUGGGUGAGUACAGUACGUACGUACGUACCGUCGGGUCUUGGGUGUCCUCGAAGUCGUGUCUGACGGCCACUUCAGUGUUGCGCACCUUCACACGCUGACCGUAGUCCUCGUCGCGAAGGUCCACCAAAGUGCCGGACGAGACGCCACGGGCAACAACUGGUGGAUUGAUGAUUGGAUGCAUGGUUCGAUGGAUGACAGGCACACAGGCGGUCAGACGCACAGCACACACACAUGCAGACAGACAUGCGUCGUCCGUGAAUGUGUGAGUACGUACCCAAAACGUUGGUGGCCGGGUCAUCAAAAUCUCGAUCGACCCUGACACCUGCCCACAUAGAAUACACGCAGAGAAGGCUCUGCUGCAUUGCAUCCAUCUGUCACGUUCGACGGCGCGCUCACCGUAUGCUCCGUAUGUGACUCCGACCCCUCCCUCCAGGUCCUGCUCAUCGGUAGAGACGGACACGGCCAACUUGCCCCACUCGGUGUCCACUUGUGUCUCACGGUACAAGGCACCAACACCCACACUGACCAACGCACACACACACACACACUUGUUGUUUGGCCCUCCUUCCCUGACUGAGCCAGUCCGUCACGAGUGAGGGGUUGGCUCACUCACCCGACGCCUCCGAAGUCGUUUCCGACUCGGACAACUGUUUGUUGUUCGCCACGGUCCCUGCCCCAGUUGACGCGCCAGUUGUCGUACACGAUGUUGUUGGCCAACUGGUUGAACACGCCGUCAUUCAUACCAGCGAAUGGCUCUGCCGCGGCCUGAUGCAUGAAUGGAUGGAUGACACACGCAUGAACAGCCACACACAAGGAACAAGCGCCAUGCGCGUGACGGUCCUGUCCCAUCCCUCCCUCCCUGCAUCUAUAUCGUACAUACCGCAUCGGCAAAGAGUUGGUCAACGGCGUUGAGCUGCACUGGGGCCCUGCCGCCCUCGGCCUCCGUGGCUGCACUCCAGGCGUCGUUGUUGGCGGGCCCCGUCUGCGAUGACACGGGCACAGCGGCCCCGGGGCCGGCCUGCUGCCGUGCAUAUGCGCUGGCAGCCUCAGCGAGGGCAUCAGGGUGGGGCUGGCGGAACUCUUUCGAUCCACCAAGCUGCUCCUUCCCCUCCUGAGCAAAGUGGCCCCCCGUGAAAGACACGCCCUUGUUGAAUGACUCCCUGUCGAUGGGUUUGUUGAAUCCGCCCUGGCCGCCCAGUCUGCUGCCGAUUCCCCGCUGUGCCCUGCCCCCACUGCGGCUCGACGUUGACACGCCGGCGCCAGCUGACGUGGCUGUGGUGGCCCCUCCGCCGAAUGAUUGGCCUGACGUGCCAGCACUGGACGAAAAGGCGUUGGACGGGCUGUUCCGGGCCGGCACGACGCGACCAAGGGACACGUCCUCGAACGGGUCCUCUAAUGUGUCCUGCCCACGUCCAGCGAUGCCCCUUGCCUGGAAGAAUUGGUCCGCUUGCCUGCCCAAGGCCGCGAGCACUGGGGGUGCGAUCGUGGCUGCACCGCCCGGCGCCUGGAGGGGUCGAGCGCCUCCGAUCGUGGGAGCACCGCCCGGCCCCGUCAAAAGAGCAUCAACGGGCGCAGCCGGAGCUGGGGCUGUUAAAGCUGGCGGGAGAGCAACAGGUGGAGCCAGUCCCGGGGGAGCGCCGACGAUAGGACCCUCCCCGGCGACGCCCCCCUCCUGCAGCGCCACAGCCAUCGAGUCGGAGUCACCUUGGCGGCUGGCGGUCCUGGGAUCAAGGAACCCCCCCGUCUCGAUUGAUGAAGACGACGACGGCUGGCGUUGGCUGUUCCACCGUGACGACCACACGGAGGCGUCUGAGGCAGCGUCCGACCGGGCCAGCCUGCGGGUGGGCCGGCCGAUGUCGCCAUCGCUGACGGUAGGCCCGGUCUCGUUGAGCUGGCCGCCGCCGGCGGUGGUGGCACCUGUCGUGUUGGAGUGAGUCACCACGCCAUUCGGCUGCGCCUCCGGCCGCGUGCGAGACCUCUGCAGUGCAGCAGCGAUACACAGAUACCACAAAGACACAUGGACAUCGUGUGGUACUCCUUGCUCCUCGCUCUGUUUGGUUGACUCUCGUUCGUUGACCCCACCGCCGGUCGUACCGUGGCCUUUGUGUUCCAGUUGUGUAAUUUGUUUUUCAAGUUGCACAUGAAGGUCUCGUUGACCUUGGUGGGGAAGACGAUCAUGUGGCACCGCACAGUGAUGGCCAGGGAGUUGUUGAAGCCCAUCGGGGGCCAGGAGAAAGUGAUGCGGCCCGCUUCAUUCCCACGAGUGGCUGAGUCGUGAACCUAAGGUGACCGAUAGAUACCACACAGACAGGCAUCAAGGUACGUACAUCCAGCACGGUCGGUGGUUUGGCAGGUGAAUGAAUGGUAUGGGCAGUGCAGUGGUGCAUGUGAUGAUACAUACGAGUGUCCAUCCGCUCACUCCUUGAUCGGUUCGGUUCACCCAUCCAUUCAUUCAUUUCUCACCUGGAAGAAGUCUCCGUCUGUGUGUGGGUCCCAGUCUGGCGGGACGAUGGGACAUCCGUCGACGAUGAGGUCGAUAGGGUGGCAGGAGUUUGUGGGGGCUGGGUGUGUCUGAUUGGAGCACGUGGCCUCACACGACAUCGGCCACGGGUAACCAUCCACACCGAACACCCGAGACUCGAACACCAACCUACAGCAGCACACCAUACAUACAUACAUACGUGUCGACGGGCUCUCUGUCGUCACGGCUUUCCCUUCAGGCCCCUUGUAUGUCGUGCGUCCGCCCCUACCUGUCAUCGUUUGCCACAGUCGUCCUCAGCUCUUCUCCCACCGCAUACUCAGCAGAUAGGUGGUGACCCAGAGCCGUCGCUGAAAAAAUGAAGACACACCCACACAGUACAAUGAAUGCGGUACACGUCGCUCGCAUCUCUCUGGUUGUCUGUCUGUCUGUCUAUGUUGGUUGGGGGGCCCCCUCGCCUCGCCUCGCCUGGCCCCACGCCUUCCCGCCCUCCCGGCUCGCUGUGUCUGUGUCCGUCCGUUUGUAGGCUGCGUACUCCCGUACCUGACAUGGCCGAGAUGGGUUCCCUGCCCUCGUAGACGGCCGAUGCUUGCGCCGAGGCCUCCCACUUGGCGUGUGGCGUACAGACCGACUGAUCGCCCCCCCUUGCAUCCCACCCCAGCGUCUCGUUGCCCUCCCGCAACGUGGCCGCGAGUAUGUCUUUGUCGCAGGCACACGUGAUGACAGCAUUGUUGCGGGGCCCCACCGCCCGCAUAAUGCUGGUGUAGUAGAUGAAGCCGUUGGUCUCGGACGAGGCCAUGCUGGGGUCACUGUAGGGGCAGCUGGCCAGGAGUGCGUCCCUCCCCUUGCCGAAGAAGUCCUUGACAAACGACGCACCGCACCUCUUGUCGGCCCCCCUGAAGGAGCCCAGCGACCCGUCCCACGUCCCAGUCCGAUUCGAGGCGGUCUUGUUGACGGUGGACAGAAAGUCAGAGGGCACGGGAAUCGCACCCGUCAUGCGCCGAUCAGAACACCUGCAAGGGACGGACGGACGGACGAGAAUGCAACGACACGACACACAGGAACGUUGUGGAUGGCUGUGAGUGAUUCCGAUUCUCAUAGUGAGUGAGUGUGGUGUGUGCGUUGUGUGGCUGGCUGACCAUGCUGCGGGAGGGAAGGCCUUUGGCAUCAUGCCCCGGUCCUUGAGCCAGAAGGAAGCCGACGGGCGGCCCCGUCGCCUUUUUCGACGAUGUGCGGCCCGUCGGUCCUUGAGCCGCCCCUUGUCCCCACCAUGCCCCCUCUUGCCCUCGUGCGUCUUGCGAGGCCGCCUCUUCCUGUCCGUCUUGAGCUGACGGGGUUGGUCAUCCGGCGGCCUCUGCAUCUGCAGCAGCCUGUCGGCAUCAAUUCUGCAUCCCAUCGCUGGUUGUCCCCCUUCCCCCCCAUGGCCCCCUGCACCGCUCAUUCCACAGUCCAGGGCGGUCGGACGAGGGAAACGAUCAAGAGACAAAGACCGGUGGCCUCCAGUCGAAUACGUCACUAGUGUUGCGUGGCUGGACAAGUGCUGGUCAGUCGGAUCAACAGUCUCGUUGGCUGCUCGCCUGGGCCGGUCGAACGUCACAGAGGAGCUAACAGCGGCAGUAGCGGGCGGCGUCGUGAUCAGCAGCGGCACCACCAGUAGCGCCAGUAGCGGCAGCAAGAGGGGGCACCCGUACCGCCGUGACCGUGAGCAGGCUUCCCCCCCAGCAUAGUGUCGAUACAUCCAUGAAAGGACGGCAGCCAGGACCGGUCUCACGAGAAGAGCCACGGAGGGGCCCUCUCUAACAUGGGAGGAGGCAGGAUAGGAGCUCCACCACACCCACACAAACCCACCACCUACACGCUGCCGCCUCGCUCGUCAACACAGAUGACUAGCAAUGUAUCGAUGGCACCGCAUCGGCCGUCCUAUGCGCCGGGAAGUGAGGGAGAAAAGAAAACCGCAACAGCAAAAAGCCGGCGGCGUGGGACUCUCUGCGGCGGGCAGUCUUGCCACGCUCCGUGUCCUCUUCGUGUGUUCUUCAGCAAAGCUGUCGAUUUCGCAUACACAUGCAGG